AUGCCAUGCAACUUCAAUGGAACACACUAUAGUAAUGAUUCCUCUGCCGGUACCUUGACCAAAAGACGCCUCCUUUGCGCUCAGUCGGAGGGAAUUCGAAGUGCCAUUCCCAACUACAAAGUCAACUUCCUUGGUCCCCUCCUCCCAGGUGAUUCCGUCACGGAGAAGUCAUUUACCGACGUGAAGAACGCCUUCCAGGGCAUCCAGAUGCAGAUGGCAUGGCAGGGCAUGGUACAAUCUGGUGCCAGUUUGGCCAAGGGGUUCUAA